AGCGCCGCGGGGGCGCUGAGGGAGGGAGGCCGGCGGGGGGGAGGCAGCGAGGCCGCCCCCCGGUGCACCCCCGGCGGGUCGCUGGCGGCGGAGGGGCCGCGGCAUCCGUCCGCGCUCGCUGCCCCCGUGCGGAGCCCGAAGCAGCCUCGCCGCCUCCUCCUCCUCUUCCUCCUCCUCCUCCUCCUCAUCCUCGUCCUCCUUCUCUUCCUCCACCGCGGCGGCGGCGGCGGCCCGCGGGUGACAUGCAGUCCCUCAUCUCUCCGGUGACCAAGGCUAUCCUGGUGGCUUUGUUCAUCUUCGCCAUCCUGCUGAUCCUCUACGUGAUCCUGUGGUACAUCUGCCGCGAUGUGGAUUGCGACCACGGCAUCUGAGCGGCGGCGCGGGGACAGGGCUUAGGAGACGGAUUCACCCCGCGGGGGCCGGCAGCGGGAGCCGCCGCCGGAGCGAGGGGAAGGAGGAAAAGGAAGAAGGAAAAAAAAAUAAUAAAAAGAAAAAAAAAAUAAAAUAAACGGACCGAGCCGAGCCGCCGCCAGAGCCUGGAGGACGACUGCGACCGAGCAGCCAGCCUGAGCCUGACCUUCAGAGAGCAGCGUGACCCGGUACUCAUUAAUGAGUGAAGGAUCAAAAGGUGGGACGGUGGCCAAGAAGCAAUGGAGAAUAAAAGUUUAGAAGGUUCCCCAUCAGACCUAAAGUUAGUGGCUCAUCCGAGAGCAAAGAGUAAAGUGUGGAAGUACUUUGGUUUUGAUACCAAUGCAGAAGGAUGCAUAUUACAGUGGAAGAAGAUCUACUGCCGUAUUUGCAUGGCGCAGAUCGCCUAUUCAGGGAACACGUCCAACCUUUCCUACCACCUCGAGAAAAACCACCCCGACGAAUUCUGUGAGUUUGUAAAAAGCAACACCGAGCAGAUGAGGGAGGCCUUUGCUACCGCCUUUUCAAAAAUCAAGCCAGAAUCAUCGCAGCAGGUUGUUCAGGACAGUCUCAUCAUGAAGACCUACCAGAACUACGAAAACAAAAAGCAUCAGGAACUGACGUCCGCAGUCAUCAGCUUGAUCUGUGAGGGCAUGUAUCCCGCCUCCAUCGUCGAUGAGCCCACCUUCAAGGCCCUCUUGAGAACAGCUGAUCCCAGGUAUGAACUUCCUAGCCGGAAGUAUUUCUGUACAAAAGCUAUUCCUGAAAAAUACAACGCCAUUAGAGAAAUCGUCUUAAAGGAGCUCACCGACGUUCUGUGGUGCGGCAUAUCCACGGACAUGUGGAGGAGCGAAAACCAGAACAGGUCGUACGUAACCGUCGCGGUUCACUUUCUCAGCAGCAGUCCUUCAAACUGCCUGGCGGUUAACUCACGGUGCUUAAAAACGUUUGAAGUACCAGAGGAUAAUACUGCAGAGACUAUCACCCGAGUCCUUUACGAAACGUUCAUCGAAUGGGGAAUCAAUACAAAAGUCUUUGGUGCUACGACAGAUUACAGUAAAGACAUUGUGAAAGCUUGCUCUCUCCUAGAUAUUCCAGUGCAGAUGCCUUGCUUGGGGCACACUUUCAAUGCCGGAAUACAACAAGCUUUUCAGCUCCCGAAGCUCUGCGGCCUUCUUGCCAGGUGCCGAAAACUGGUGGAGUAUUUUCAGCAGUCUACCAUGGCCAUGUAUAUGCUGAGCGAGAAGCAGAAGCAGCAGAAUAUUCUCCACUGCAUGCUGGUGAGCGAUCGCGUUUCCUGGUGGGGCAGCACGCUCGCCAUGUUGCAGCGCCUCAAGGAGCAGCAGUUCGUCAUCGCCGCCGUUCUCGUGGAGGACAGCAACAACCACCACCUCAUGCUGGAGGCCAGCGAGUGGAACACAAUCGAAGGGCUGGUGGAGCUGCUGCAGCCUUUCAAGCAGGUUGCAGAGAUGAUGUCCGCUUCCAAGUACCCAACGAUCAGUAUGGUGAAGCCGCUUCUCCACAUGCUUCUGAAUACCACCCUGAACAUCAAAGAGAACGAUCUGAAAGAAAUCAGCAUGGCGAAGGAGGUAAUAGCGAAGGAGCUGUCAACCACCUACCAGCACACCCCGGAAAUAGACAUGUUCCUCAACGUUGCCACUUUCCUGGAUCCUCGCUACAAAAAACUGCCUUUUCUUUCAGCCUUUGAGCGGCAGCAGGUGGAAAACAGAGUGGUGGAAGAAGCAAAAAGCCUGCUGGAGAAAGUCAAAGAGAACACCUUUCGGACUGAAGAAAAGUUCUUUGCGGUUUCGGAAGAGCCCCCGGUGAAAAAAAUAAUUAUCUCCUCCACUCCUCCUCCUACUAGCGUGAUCAACAACAUGCUUGCAGAGAUCUUCUGCCAGACGGGAGGUGUGGAAGACCAAGAGGAAUGGCACGCUCAGAUUGUUGAGGAGUUGAGCAACUUUAAGUCACAAAAGGUCCUUGGUUUGAAUGAAGACCCGCUAAAGUGGUGGUCUGACAGACUAGCGCUGUUUCCAGUUUUACCAAAGGUUCUCCAAAAAUACUGGUGUAUUCUGGCCACAAGGGUCUUUCCCGAACGCCUUUUUGGUUCCUCUGCUAACGUUGUCAGUGCAAAGAGAAACCGGUUAGCCCCAGCGCACGUGGACGAGCAGAUCUUUUUGUAUGAAAACACUCGGAAUGGGUCCGAGGCAGAACCGGAGGAUGAAGAUGAAGGAGAAUGGGGUUUGGAACAGGAACAGAUUUUUAAUUUAAAUGACUCGGUAAACGUAAACAACAAUUUCUUUAAUAUCCGAGACAGUGGGUUUGUUUAACAGGACUACUGUGGUACAUUUAAUAACAAAGAAAAAGGUAUUUGUCUUAAGUUACCAAAAAUACUUCUGUUUAUGCUAUGAAUGCUGUAAAUAUUGAACAGUUGUAACAAACUUGAUUUAGCUUCCAUUGUCUAUGUUUUUCCCACUGUCUUAAAACAUGAAUGAGUUGUGAUUAAACAGCACUGAAAUGAAUGAGGAAAUAAAUGCUACAAAGACCGUGAUUUCUGACUGUGGCCCAGAUCUCAGAGAGCACUUAGCCCUGUGCUUCCUUUCCGCUUGCUUCAGUGGGAGAGAAACACAUGCUUAUGUGCUGUCUGUAAUGAAAAUAUUUUUCCUGAAUCAAGACCCUGAGCAAGGGACUUUUUAAGUUCUAUGCCUCCAAUUAUAAAUCCCACGUGACUUAGGGCGUUAGCUUUAAAUUUUGGAUUUUAAAAUGUUAUUCUUAAAUUCCAUAAAUCAGAGCAGCAAAGACUUUUAGAGUAUGUCGAUGCUAUAGAAUGAAAAAAAGAUCUUGAGCCUGAUUUUCUUUUUCACUACCUCAUAUCUUAGGCCUGGUCUGUGCUAGAAAAGAUCAGCUGGUGUAAUUCUGUCAGUUAGGGGACUAUGUUACUAUUUUCACCGGUGUCGCGCUGGCAUAGGCCGUAGUGUGGAUGCACCUCCACUGGGGCAAUUUAUUUGGCUUUCCAGUGCGGUAUAAAUGGUAUAAACGCUUCCGAAAUGGUAUUGCUGUGUCCACAUCAGUCAGGUUUUACCGUGGAGCUGUCGCAGCUAAAUGGCAAAGCCCCGUUUUGUCCAGGCGAGCCCUGGUAGCACGCGGGGCGCUGGUGGGCGGCAGCCUACACCCGGGGAGCAGAGCAGCGAAGGCAGGAGGCGUGCCAGGGCCACGGGUCUAACUCUGUGUGUGUGUGUUAUAAAGUGCUUAACCUUUUAAUUUAAGUGGGCACUUUGCCCAGGGUAGCUAGGAAGUUUUGUUGGUGAGAAAAGCAGAAUAAAAAGCUUUAAUAAUUAUGUAAAUAUAUUUAAAAGAGGGCGACCCCUCCGUUUCCCUACAUGUAUCCGGUGAGUCUUUAGGAUAUUUUCUUGUUACGUUAGCACUUAAAGACUUUUUUUUUUUUUUCCUCCUGUCUCUUUUUUUUUUGUUUCAGUUUGUAGAGUGGACUUUAGUCUGGUCCAGUCAAAUGUUUGAGUACUGUUUCCGAUUAGUUGUUGUGUAUUGCAAUUGUUUCCUUUGUGUCUCUAGGCCUAAAGUUUUCAGCCCUUUUGAGAACUUGGUAAAAAAAAAAAAAAGGAAAGAAAAAAGGAAAAAAAUCCAACAACCAAAACCCCACAUUUUUUAGGAAAUACUGCAGGUCAUAAAUACGAUGCUAGUUCACACGUGGCACUGAGUGGGGUGGCAGCCAGCGUUUCUUUGUGCGGCGUGGAGGAGGAAUCUUGUGUCUGCCCAGUGACAGUCGAGGGUUGAUGUUUUUUUGUGGCAGGCAUCUCGCCCCCCACUCAAAAUCUCCCAGCUUGAGUUGUUCUGGGAGGGUCACUCUCACCUACUCAGCUGCCAGCCCUUCCCAUCUGUCCAUAAAGGAGUCAAAAAAUUAAGUGAGGCAAAUUCUGGAGCUCUCUGCCCAGCUGCAAAGAGCGGACUCCGACCCGCUCUCUGGCGGUGGUCUCGAUGACCAUGCUGCUAGAAACGUGCGAGGUGUCUAGGGAUGGGAAAGGCCACGGCUGAUAUAGCACGUUUGUGUAAGCAUGGCCUUUCUGGAGAGAGGCCAGUGUGGAAGACUGGUCAUAACCAUUACCGGGGAAGAAGUCUUGAUUUUGUUGUCCCUGUAGCAUCCACAGACUUGUAGAGAGGGCCUGGCCAGAAGGAACGUGUGAAAACGGGAAUGGUGCUGGAACUGAAUCUGCUACCAUACCGCUUGUUUAUGUGCUGGUCUGGUAGUUUUUGCAGGUGUCAGACCUCCAUGCAUGGCAGGAAGGGGUGUGUGGAUGCGCUGCAGAGGCGUCUGCGAUUGCCCAAGAUGCAGCGCGAAGGCAGUCCACGAGGCCUGCAAAGUCGAGUCGAGGAAGGGAGCAAGGUGCAGAAAUGGUUUUAAGGCCCUGUGAGCACCUGCCGUGCCCAUUUUCACCACCAUCUGCUGCCAGGGAGCUGCAGGACGCCAGCGUGAGGCACGUGCAUCGCCCUCGAUGCCAGGGGCUGCAGGACGAGCCUGGGGCAGCGCUUCAUCCCCCUGGGGCAGAAGGCACGCAGCGAGGCUUAUGGCUUGGCUCGCUCCUUGCCCAGCUGUGCCGAGAGCAGUGCGAUGCACUGUUCUCUCCCUCCUAGUUUCCCUUAGUUAUAUAGAUAUUUUUUUGGUAUCCAAAAUAAAGGUGUAGUUGGUUCAAUUGAGAAGUCUUGGCAUUCUCUUAAAAAUAAAAAAAGGGGGGUAGGGGAAAAACAAAGCCAUUGUUAGUUCUACCCGUUGUUUGUGAGAUUUUUAUUUAAUGUUCGAAGCUUGGAAUAUUGUUAAAUAAACCAGAAAAAUAAGUUAGUUACUAGA